AUGCGCGUCCUAAAUAUCGGAGUGUUUCCAGUCUCCGGCGGGCUAGGGAGCAGCAUUGUCAGACACCUCAUGAAAGUCAUCACGCCAUCCCAGCUCACCCUCUGUGCACGCUACCCGGAAAAGCUGGCCAGGGAAAAGGACCAAGGGGCAAUUGUUCGAAGGGCAGAUUACAACGACAGAACGUCGCUAGAUCCUGCCUUCGAAGGCGUUGAUGUGCUCAAUUUGAUAUCGUACGCAAGUAACGAGAUUGAGCACCGAAUAAAGGUCCAUCGAGACGCCAUCGAUGCUGCCCGCCGAAUGGGCGUCUUGCACAUCGUCUACACCUCGCUCGCAUUCGCGGGAGACGGAUUGCCCACAACCGCCGCAGAUGUGAUGCGCGCUCACCUGGCAACUGAAACGUAUCUCGCAGAGAUCCGUGCCCAUGACCCCUCCUUCACCUACACCAUCAUCCGAGAGGGGGUCUACUCGGAAUCGUUCCCUCUGUACACGGGUUUCUUCAACCCCAAGGACCAACCUACCCCCGAUGACCCCAAAGACACGAUCGCCAUUCCACACGACGGCCUGGGGCCUGGUAUCGCGUGGGCAAAACAGGACGAGCUCGGUGAAGCAACCGCCCGGCUGCUGGUUCGGUAUGUUCGCGAUCCUUCCGACUUCCCGUAUCUCAACCAGACCGUCCUGCUGUCUGGUCCACGGGCGGUCUCGCUAGCGGAGACGGUGGAGAUCCUGGGUCGGGUGCUCAACCGCAAGCUCCAGAUCCGCCCCGUGUCGGUCGAUGAAUAUCUGGACCAACCUAAGGUCAAGAAUUUCCUAUACUACGGCGGAGGAGCCGGCACGCUGGCCCGCAGCUGGGCAACCGUGUUUGAGGCCAUCCGGCGAGGAGAGUGCAGCGUGACUACAUCUUUCUUGCGCGAGAUCAUCGGCCGUGAGCCAGAAGACUUUGAGACGACGGUGAGGAAAUUGGUUGCAGUCGAGCCGAAAGAGGCGUUUGAGAGUGAUCAAAUAGAAACGCAGUGA